AUGCUUCCGCGCUCACUGGUAUGUGCAGCGAUUAAAUAUGCUUGGGGCCAAGGAGAAAGCCAAUGUACAGGUGUACUUAUCAGCCGGCAGCACGUACUGACAGCCGCUCAUUGUUUUGUGAGGGAACGUGAAUGCCAAGCGGGACCUAGCGCAAUACGAAGUGGCACACAAUCUUCUCCAAAAGAGCUACCAGUGCAGGUGCUUGUGGGUGGGUUAUGUUCAGUGCUGAAAAGUGGAAGUAACUGCACUGAGGGGUACCACAUGAUGACCAAGGGCAAGGUUGCUCAUAUCGGAGUCGCUCGCCGUUAUUACGGGUCAAGGUGUCGAUCAGGUGAUAUUGCAAUUGUGCAAUUGGCCGAGCCACUGCCAGAAGAGCAGUGGCGCUUUGAUUCCGUUUGUCUCCCAUCCAGAACCACGAAACUCAACCACGAAAUGUCGUUGGCCGGAUUCGGAUAUAAUCGUAAGGAUUGUUUUGGAUUUUGGAUGUUUUGGGUGUGUUGGACCACUGGCACUUAA